ACUAAAUUCGCACUACGAUCUGUCAAAACCAAAUUCGAAUUCGGACAUUCCACCAACCAAAAGAAAUACCCCCAAAAAAUUGUGCAGUGCUGUGCAAAUGCAAAGAAAAUCAAGAAAAAAAAAGAAAGAACAAUAAAAAGAACAACACAAUUCGAUUAAAUCCAACUUUAAGAAUUAUCCGUAUCCCCCCGCACUCUAUAACUUACCCCUCAAACUCUUUUUAAUCUCUUAUCACGCACUCAAAAAAAUAAUUAAACCAACAAAAAAAAAUAUUCCAUCGAUCAAGUACAAUGUUCACUGACUUAUUCCAAAAUGUACAAAUCUAGAGGAAGACGACGACGAAGUCCACGAAAUAGGUAGUUCUGCUUAAGCUCAUCCAGAUCUGCUCCCAACAGCAGACGACAGAAACAAACCCAGAAUCAGCAGCACAAAUAAUUAUGGUGAUGCAGCUGCAUGUCAAAAAACCUAUGACGUCCUCCAAAAAAGUUUUAAUUUAUAAUUUAUAACAAAAAACAAAAAUAUUAUUUCCUUAUAAUUUUUAUACAACAAAAAAGAAUUAUUAAAUAUUCCUUCUUGACUGUGUUUGGGCUGUUGUAGUACAAAACCUUCUGUUGUCGGUUUAAUUUGAUAUUUUUGUAUCCAAAAAGAAACAAGAACUUUUUAAUUAAAGAGAGUGAGAGUGGCUAGAAGGACAACGACAACGAGACGUAGUUCCUUGCAUCCUUGAAGCCAUUUAGUUAAAUUUUUUAUUUUUGGUUCGGUUUGGGGGAAAAUGGGAGUUUGCUUGUGCAAGGAUAAAGUCGAAGAUGGACAAACAGAUGUUGCGCCAGCAGAACCUAGAGAACCAUCGCCUCGAGCGAGUGGACAAUGGAGCACAUGUGGUUUGGAAUCCUAUAACAACAUGAAAUCACUGUCAGAGACGGUGGACAAACUGGUCAAUGAGACAUUGGAUGUCAUCGUUACUGUAAUUGACAACGAACCCGAACCACCCAGUUCCAUGGUUUUGCUUCAUGUUAUAACCGACAAACCAUCUGGUUGGAUUGAAUUAGUUAAAUCACUAAUUCGAGUUGUACCCGUUAAACAUCCAAUGGGUGCAAGUGUUAUUGCCCUACUCCUCGAUGAUAGUCCAUUACCAACAAAAGAUUCCGUACUGAAAGUUGCUGAUAUGAUCACACAUUCCCUACGAAGGACGCCACGGCGCGAGAGGAAUUUAUGCGUUAUACUUGGUUGUUUGGCUGAAAAAUUAGCCGGACCGAGUAGUAUUGCAAUGUUAAAUGAAACAACACUUCAGUACCUGAUUGAUAAUUUAGAAGAUGGUGUUAAUCAUGAUGUGACAUUAUUAUCGUUAAUUGCUUUAGAGAAAUUUGCUCAAACAAGUGAAAAUAAAGCUACAAUUAAGAAAAAACUUGCAGAACAUCCUAACAAUCCUUUGAUUAGAUUAGAAAAAUAUGCCACGGAUAGUGACUAUGUGUUGCGACAGAUUGGAUUCUGUGCACGAUGGUGUCUGGAUAAUUAUUUUACUGUUGAAGGAAGAAAUUACUCGUUUGAGACUGUAGAUUUAAGCAAUAUAAAUGUUAUGCUUAAUACAAAAGAUGUCAGCGAAUAUCUGAAAAUUUCGCCAGAUGGCUUAGAAGCAAGAUGUGAUGCUUACACGUUUGAGAGUGUGCGGUGCACAUAUCAGACUGCCGUUGAUUGCUGGUAUUACGAAGUGUUAAUAAUAACACCGGGCGUAAUGCAAAUCGGAUGGGCAACCAAGGAUUCUAAUUUCCUAAGUGACGAUGGCUAUGGCAUCGGUGAUGAUAAAUACUCAAUUGCAUUUGAUGGAUGUAGAAAAUUGAUUUGGCAUAAUGCCCAAUCAGUAGCGCAUAAUUUAUCUGCUUGGCAACAUGGUUCUAUUUUAGGUUGUUUGUUAGAUCUCAAACAGCAAGAAGCAGUUUUUAGUUUAGACGGUCAAGAAACUGAAUCAUAUAAAAAUGUAUUUAGUAAUGCAAAAGAGGGAUUUUUUGCUGCAGCAAGUUUUAUGUCCUUUCAACAAUGUCGAUUUAAUUUUGGCUUAGAACCAUUUAAAUAUCCACCCAAAAAUCGAGUGUAUCGCAGUUUUAAUAAUUGUGCAACCCUCAAGUCCCAAGAUAAAAUUGUUCUUCCUAGGCAUAUAUUUUUAGAGAAACUACGAAGGCUAAGUGUGCGUGAUGAUUCAUGUACGCUAUGCUUUGAUAAAAAAGCUACAAUUCGGCUUUCACCUUGCAACCACAGAGGAUUCUGCUCAACGUGUGUUAAACAACUUCUAUACUGUCCAAUGUGUCGAGCUGAUAUUGAGUCAAAAGUACAAGAAGACAUCGACAGCCCGAUCGUUGAAGACAUAUCGACGUGAUGUCGCCAAUAACAACCACUUUACAUACUACAACAAUCGCCAAUGCAAACUUUAGAGUGAACUAACAACAUUUAAUACCAUCCUGGGGGAUUAUUAAAAAUAUUCCUUCAACAAAAAUUUACAUUCUAUAUAAUUUGUGUUGAAUAAAAGAUUAAAAAAAAAAGAAAAAACUAAACUAAAGGCAAACGAAUCAGCAAUAAUUAAUAAAAUAUGAAAAAUACAGUAACAACAACAAUAAACGCAUGAAAAUGUAAAAUUAAAUUUUGUAGGUAUUUAUUAAUAUUAUUUUUUUUUCUUUAAAUUAUAAUUAUUAUUUAUUUAUUAAGAGGCCCUUCUUAUGGUUCGGAUGUGAUUGACAAAAAAAUUGUUUUUAUUUUUGAGCAAACUACAUUUCAUUUCGUCGUCGUUUGAAGCUGUGCUUUCGUUCGUUUGGUUAACGAAUUAAGUAAUUAGCUUUGGUAACGAACGUUGUGGAAUGACGAACCAAAAUAAGGAUCUAAAGUAUAUUUUUCACGGGUAUACAAAAUCAAAGCAGUUACAUAUUUAAAAUAUAUAUAUUUAUAUUUGUAUAAUUACUACGAACAAACUGUAAUACACCCCACACCACUCAGCGAAGGUUAAAACAAAAAGAAUUGAAGAGAUUUAUAUUAAAAAAAAAAAAAACAAAUAAAAUAAAUUAAAAAAAAACUAAAAUAAAAUAGAUAUAUUUAUAUAAGAACAAACGUAAAAUCAUGAGUAAUAUAUAUAGUAUAUAUAUUUUUUAUCACUUAUCGUUAUCACACGCACAUUCUUAUCGAGUUUUCAUCAAAAUAAAAACAAAAAUAUUCUUGAAAAUUAAAAAAAAACAACAAAAACAAAACUAAGAAAUAAUAACGAAACGAAAUAACUUGAAAAGUCUGUUAAAAUAUAGGAGAAUAAUUUGCGGGUAGAAUUACUAUGUUACACUAUUAAAAUAUAGUUUUAACCAUAAAUUAGAUACUUUAUUUUUUUUUUUAAUCUUAUUUUUGUUUAUUAUUUAUAAAAGAGAAAAAUAAAAACGGCUUUUGUCAUUGGAAGACUAAAAAAAUCAAAAUAUUUAAAAAAAAUGUAUCCUGUUUGUUUUUCUUUCUUUUGUUUCAUUAAAUAAAUGUGAGUUUAUCUGGAGAUAAAAUAAAAAACUAAAACAGACAACGUAUGAUUUUUAAAAAAAUAAAUAUAAUGUACCUAAAAUUAAAUCUAAAAACAACAAAACAUUAAAAAAUAAGUUAAAAUAUAUACACAUUUAUUUUCUUUUUGAAGAAAAUUGUGUCUACUGUUAAACCUCU